AUCUUUGAUCAAUGUACUUGCCAGGGAGAACCCAAGUCCUUCAAACCUCCUCCUUUUCACCUUCAUCCUUAACUUUGUGCUAGAGCGGGACCCACACAACAGCCGACCCUCCCCGCCCCCGCCCCCCUCCGAUCCAGCCCUCGAUCCCAGCCCCCGGAGAGGACUCGCAUUUCGACUUGCGGGACACUUUUGUGCGUUUCUCUCCAGAGCGCCUCUCACGCUCGCCCCUCCUGCGCUCGCUCUUUAUUACCUUCACCUCCUUUCCCCCUUCUCUCUCUUUCUCCUUCUCGUUCUCUCCCGGAGUUGUUGUUGUUGUUGCCCUCCUCGCUCCUGCUCCCCCCUGUUUCCCCCUUCCCCUCCCGGGGGCGUGUGGCAACUUUUCCCCUCGCUUCUCCUCCUUCUGUUUCCCCUUAUAUGUGACCAUGGCAGUGCCGGCGGCUUUGAUCCCUCCGACCCAGCUGGUCCCCCCUCAACCCCCGAUCUCCACGUCUGCUUCCUCCUCUGGCACCACCACCUCCACCUCCUCGGCGACUUCGUCUCCGGCUCCGUCCAUCGGACCCCCGGCGUCCUCCGGGCCAACUCUGUUCCGGCCGGAGCCCAUCGCUUCGGCGGCGGCGGCGGCGGCCACAGUCACCUCUACCGGCGGCGGCGGCGGCGGCGGCAGCGGAGGCGGCGGCGGCAGCGGCGGCAACGGAGGCGGCGGUGGCGGCGGCGGCAGCAACUGCAACCCCAGCCUGGCGGCCGCGGGCAACGGCAGCGGCGGCAGCGGCGGCGGCAGCAUUGGCGCUGGCGGCGGCGGCGCCUCCAGCACCCCCAUCAACGCGAGCACCGGCAGCAACAGCAGCAGCAGCAGCAGUAGCAGCAGCAGCAGCAGCAGCAGUAGCAGCAGCAGCAGUAGCAGCAGCAGCUGCGGCCCCCUCCCCGGGAAACCCGUGUACUCAACCCCGUCCCCAGUGGAAAACACCCCCCAGAAUAAUGAGUGCAAAAUGGUGGAUCUGAGGGGGGCCAAAGUAGCUUCCUUCACGGUGGAGGGCUGCGAGCUGAUCUGCCUGCCCCAGGCUUUCGACCUGUUCCUGAAGCACUUGGUGGGGGGCUUGCACACGGUCUACACCAAGCUGAAGCGGCUGGAGAUCACGCCGGUGGUGUGCAAUGUGGAACAGGUUCGCAUCCUGAGGGGACUGGGCGCCAUCCAGCCCGGAGUGAACCGCUGCAAACUCAUCUCCAGAAAGGACUUCGAGACCCUCUACAAUGACUGCACCAACGCAAGUUCUAGACCUGGAAGGCCUCCUAAGAGGACUCAAAGUGUCACCUCCCCAGAGAACUCUCACAUCAUGCCACAUUCUGUCCCUGGCCUCAUGUCUCCUGGGAUAAUUCCUCCAACAGGUCUGACAGCAGCAGCUGCAGCAGCUGCCGCUGCUACCAAUGCAGCUAUUGCCGAAGCAAUGAAGGUGAAAAAAAUCAAAUUAGAAGCUAUGAGCAACUAUCAUGCCAGUAAUAACCAACAUGGAGCAGAUUCUGAAAAUGGAGACAUGAAUUCAAGUGUUGAUGAGACCCCGCUUUCUACACCAACCGCAAGAGACAGCCUUGACAAACUUUCUCUAACUGGGCAUGGACAACCACUGCCUCCAGGUUUUCCAUCUCCUUUUCUGUUUCCUGAUGGAUUGUCUUCCAUAGAGACGCUUCUGACUAACAUACAGGGACUCUUGAAAGUUGCCAUAGAUAAUGCCAGAGCUCAAGAAAAACAGGUCCAACUGGAAAAAACAGAGCUGAAGAUGGAUUUUUUAAGGGAAAGAGAACUAAGGGAAACACUUGAGAAGCAGUUGGCUAUGGAACAAAAGAAUAGAGCCAUAGUUCAAAAGAGGCUAAAGAAGGAGAAGAAGGCAAAGAGAAAAUUGCAGGAAGCGCUUGAAUUUGAGACAAAACGGCGUGAGCAAGCAGAACAGACGCUAAAACAGGCAGCUUCAACAGAUAGUCUCAGGGUCUUGAAUGACUCUCUGACCCCAGAGAUAGAAGCUGACCGCAGUGGCGGCAGAACAGAUGCUGAAAGGACAAUACAAGAUGGAAGACUGUAUUUGAAAACUACUGUCAUGUACUGAAUCUUCCCUGUUGAAGAAAUCCAUGUUAUAGUAAAGAACUUUGCAGUCAGACAUUCGUCAUGCAAAAGUUUGGAAAAAAUAAAGUCCUUUUGAAGGGAACUUCCUCAAUUUUGCGUAUUAAUGUUCUUUGAAAGUUUAAGUAUUCUACAGAAAAAAAAACAAAAAACAAAACAUUUUAUCCAUUGAUUUUUCACCUGUGGUCCAUACCAGAGACCUGAGAAUGUUUGUAAAUGUACAAGUAUCAAACUUCUUACAGUUAAUAACUGCAACUUGCUGCUGGACACUUGUAUACGGAGUUAAAGGCAGGUCUAAAUGAGACCUAGCUUUUCUUUUUUUUUUUUUAAUGGAAUGAACCAUUUUCCUCUUCUGAAAAUUCUGUAUCUGAGCACAUCAAGAGACUCUUGUAGCAGUGGUUACCCAGACUUACAGAAUUAUGUCCUCCAGAAACCAGCAAGAACACUUGGCAAUGAACUUGUAGGGGGCAUAGAGAAUUCUGAAAAGAAUAAAGAGUAAUAUUCUGUUUCAUUCAAUUUUAAACUCUCUAAUUGUGAGAUUUCUCCUGAAGAUUUUUUUCACAUACUUUCCAAAAGACCAACAAAUGGAUGUUGACAACAACCCAAUGAAAUAACAUUUUGCAUAUCUGAAAAGAAGCAUUGAAUAUAAGCCAAACGGUCUCACUGAAGGUCUUUUUUUUCUUGAAAAUAAAAAUAUAUAUAUAUAAAUGUAACAUGUUUUCAUUCCAAACUGGUAGUGGUAUAUAGAAUUAAAGAUAAUAAUGUUGCUUCUUAUUCAAGCUGUUGGUCAUAUGUACAGUAUAUAAACAUAAAACACACAAGGAAGGUAUUAUGUAUGCAGUAGUAUACUAGAAUUUAGGAAAACGAAAAUUUUAGAAAAUAUGUUUUGUCACCCUGUUUGGUCAGAAAGAUGUCUUUCUGGUUUUAACGCAUGCAGGCAUGUAAAUAUUUGUCUGGAGUCACAGUAUUAAUGAAUGAGAUCUUAAGCAUCUGGUGACAUCAGAACUCUGUGUCAGCCACUUUUUAUUUGUAUAUUGAACUCUAGUUAGUGCCCCGAACAGCACUAUUGAUAAUGGAUUGUGGCUAAACAGUAAAUCAAAACACCAGAAAUAUUUUUAUAUGUUAAUGUCAUAUUAUGUUAAUGUUGCUGAAAAACAAAACCUAACCCUUGAUGUACCAGUCCAAUACCAUGUAGCGCUGAGUGAAAAAUAAAGUUAAAAUGUGUUGUGCUUCCCACCCUGGACAGAGGGAAGGGUGGCUACGUGUUAUUUUCACUGUCUUUUUGAAAGUUACAGUAUGUGUUUUCACUUUUGUGCAGAAAACUGGAAGUAAAGCUGCAAACAGUGCUUAUUAUACACUAAAGUUACCUUCUCUUUGUUUUUACAUGUCUGGAGUUAACACCUUUAAAGACUGAUAUGAAACAGUACAGUCACUGUACAUUUUAUGAUUUUUUUCUGUCAUCUUAAAAUUUUAUGAUCGUAACAUUAUUUAUUACCAUAAAACAGCAAAAUCUUAAAUGUCUAAGAAAACUAGCUUAAAAUACUUAAAGAUAGUUCUGAUUGGGUAUUAAUUAUUUGGUUAAAAAAAUAACAUUAUAGAUACUCUGGCACUAAGUUUCUAUUCCUUUUAGGUCUUCCUUGCAAUACUGGAACAUAAUUCUUUUGUGUAGCUCGCUACUAACCAGCUAAGUCCAUUUUUAAUACAAAAAGGUUAAAUGUACAGUUCUUAUUUUAGCUUGCUUUAAAAGGGAGCAAUAUUUUUUAUUUAAAGUAUCGUUAGUAAAUGCUUUGUAGAAACUUGGUUUUCUAAGUAUAGUUCUUCCACAACCAUCUUUUGUUGUUUGAGCACAGGAGAUUCUAUUCCUAGUUAUGUGUAUUUUUUCCCCUCUAUGCAGUCUUUAAAGGAUUACAACACUUAAAAUUGGAUGGACUUGUGGCAAGCUUUUGAAUCAUGCAUUUUUUGAAAGAUUUUUUAAAAAGCCUACAACUUACAUAUGUAGUAGAAUCAGCCAUUGCUCUGCUCCUGGCAUAGAGUCACCUGUUAAGUGGGUUAAAUAGUUUUAAAAUACAUACUUUCAAGACUUUUGAGAAUGCUUUAGUGUUUGGUUUGACAUAAAAAGAAAUUUUAGCAAGUAUUAAAGGAAAAAGCUAUCAGCUGUAUGUUAAGAGAGACUCUUACUAACAUGUUGUAAAUAUUACAAUUCACGAAAUGUUAUUGUUAAGUCUAUAACUUAAUUUUUCCCCUUUUUUUAGUUAUACAGGUUGGUUUGGAAAUUUGUGUUUUGGCAUAAACAAGUAAAAUUGUGCCCAUUUUAUGGUUUCCAUGCUUUUGUAAUCCUAAAAAUAUUAAUGUCUAGUUGUUCUAUAUUAUAACCACAUUUGCGCUCUAUGCAAGCCCUUGGAACAGAACAUACUCAUCUUCAUGUAGGACCUAUAAAAAUUGUCUAUUUUUAUCUAUAUAUUUAAAGUUUUCUAAAAAUGAUAAAAGGUUAUUACGAAUUUUGUUGUACAAAAUCUGUACAAAAAUCUGUUUUUACAUCAUAAUGCAAGAAUUGGAAAUUUUUCUAUGGUAGCCUAGUUAUUUGAGCCUGGUUUCAAUGUGAGAACCACGUUUACUGUUAUUGUAUUUAAUUUUCUUUUUCUUUUCAACAAUCUCCUAAUAAAACUGUCUGAAAUCUC